CAGGCAUACACCUGUCUUCAGAAACAGCUUCAUAACCAUGUAAUUUAAAACUUAAAGUGUGAGAGCGAGCCAGUUCUGGAAAUAAGUCAAAGGAGUGGGGAGUGAAAAAAGCGAGAUGAAUGCAUCUGGAGGAAGCUGUGGGAGCCCUAGCUCUGCAGAACCUACAGGAGAUUUCUUCAAGGAAUUGUGGUCCAAACUGAAAGAAUGUCAUGAUAAAGAAGUACAAGGCCUACAGCUGAAAAUAUCUAAGUUGAAAAAGGAAAGAUGCUUGGAUGCAGAGAGGCUUGAAGAGUUUUAUACCAAGAACCAGCAGCUCAGAGAACAGCAAAAGGCACUUCAUGACACUAUCAAGGUUUUAGAAGACAGAUUAAGAGCAGGAUUAUGUGAUCGCUGUGCUGUAACCGAAGAACAUAUGAGAAAGAAGCAGCAAGAGUUUGAAAAUAUCCGGCAGCAGAAUCUUAAACUUAUCACUGAGCUUAUGAAUGAAAAAAACAACUUACAGGAUGAAAAUAAAAAGAUAACUGAACAGCUCCAGCAAUUACAGAAGGAGUUGGAGGAGCAAAAGCAACAAGCAGUGGAAUUAGAAGAAGGAGUCAUUCCAGAUUCUCCAGUUCUGACUUCUUCAUUUUCUGUGGUUAAUCGUAUGAGAAGAAAAAAAGAGAAUAGGCACAUCAGAUACACAGAACACACACGCUCAGAUUUGGAACUUGCGGAAAGCAACAGUGAGUUAGGAAAAAUUCCACUGUAUUCCACACAAAUGAACAGUCACCACGGAGAAGAGAUACUAGUAGCAGACACCUGUGAUCCACAACUGUCCCCUAUACCAAAUAAAACAAGGAUGGGAGGCUAUCCUGUUCCGAAGCCAUCUUUUAACUUGGCUGCAGUUGUGGCAGAAACAAUUGGACUUGCUGCUCAAGAGGAAUCUGAGUCCCAGAGUGUACUGAGUCCUCCCCACACUAAUAGUGUUAUGAACCAGGCCUCAGAGAGCAUGCAGUCUGAAGACUCAAGAAAACAUCCAGCUUCUCAAUCAAGAAACGGUGACAACAAUUUAGGUCUUUCAGAUCCAUCUCAGAACACUCCACCACAUGUUGAUUGGGAUUCUCAGGUAGCUUCUCCUGUUUUUGGAGCUUCUAGCAGUAUGAAGAACAGCUCAAGUACAAGUCAUGCUCCUUGUAUUUUAGAUUCAGGACUGAAGCCUAAUUUCAAAACCAACCUCUUCAACAAUCCUUCUAGUUACAGAUCUCAUAAAAGUAGAUCAAAAUCUGAAGAUGUUGCUUUUGUUGCACCACUGAAUCUUGGAAGUGAAGUCAACUCAGUUAUCAGCCAGGCCUCCAUCAAUAGGCAAAUGGUUGUGAAAAAGAAUACUAAUGAGACUGUAACCUGUGAUGGAGACACUUGUGCAGCUAAAAAUGAGGUGAUCAAGAGCGAUUUCCUUCUCGUACACCAGAGGCAGGUAGAAAGCAGGUGUGCUAAGAGAAGGAAAGCUGAAGAUGAGCGUGCAAUUGGCUGUGAAAAAACAUCCUUCAACAAAGAGAACUCUAUGCCCUUUCGAUCAGACGUUCAGCAUAUUAAUGGGGAACAUACAGUUGAUAAGCCCUUGGAUCUUUCCGAUCGCUUCUCUGGAGCUUGUUGUCAAGAAAAAAAACAAGGAAGUGAGGAGACCUGUAAAAAUAGACUGAAACAAGUGACUCUGCAUGACAUUUUUUCACAGCUAGGGAAGCCCAUUCCUGAAGGUUCAUCAUCCAUCCAAAAUGCCAACAAUGAGAGCUGUUUGUUUGGCAGAGAUUUACAAGAGGAAUCCUAUGUACAAGAGUCAGUGCUGGGAAAAACAUUCCCAGAUAAGAAAAAACAGAUCCAAAUGAAAGAAGUAGUUCCUCCUUUCAAAACUGCAUCACUGCCAAGUUCUGCAGAGACAGAACAACUUUUUGAUGAUGUGAUGGUUGCCAGUGGCCAUGUACCAAAUAGAAAGAAAACAAGGACAGGACAUGGAGAGUCUGAACCAGCAUCUGUACUUCAACCAAACCCUUGUAGACUAUCAAAAAAUAAAGCACUGCAAAAUGAACAAGACCUGAAAGACAAACCAUCUUUAGAAAACCUUCAGUGGAGCAUAGACCCAGGAGCUGACCUUUCACAGUACAAAAUGGAUGUUACUGUGAUUGAUACAAAGGGUGGUUCUCAGUCAAGAGGCGGAGGGGAAGUUGUUGAUAUGGAUUAUACAUAUGUUAGUGAAAGAGGGUUAUCAGAAAUGAAAAAUCAAGAGCAAAACCCGGAAAGCAUUUCAAGAGGAGAAAAAAAAAUUAAUGAUACCUUAACAGAGAUGUUCGAUCGAACAACCCGUGAAGAAUAUGAAUCCUGCCUACCAGAAGAUAGUCCUUCUGCAUGUGAUGAAAAACAAACUCUUCAUGAUGAAGAGCAGGAUAAGGGAAUAACAGCAGCAAGCGAGAAACUAAAGAAACAUGAGGAUAAACAAGAUAAAGCCAAGCAGAAAGCUUUUGUGGAGCCAUAUUUCAAAAGUGAUGAAAGAAAGAAUACUGUGUUAGAUUUUCCUCAUAUUGAGGUUAUUAGAAAAAAAGAAGAAAGAAGGAAAUUACUUGGCCAUACUUGUAAGGAAUGUGAAAUAUAUUAUGCAGACAUUCCAGAAGAAGAGAGAGAAAAGAAACUAGCUUCCUGUUCAAGACACAGAUUUCGCUACAUUCCUCCAAAUACUCCUGAAAAUUUCUGGGAGGUUGGAUUUCCUUCCACCCAAACUUGUGUGGAAAGAGGAUAUAUUAAAGAGGAUCUUGCUCCCUGUCAACGUCCAAAAAGACGUCAGCCUUAUGCUGUGAUGUUUUCUCCAAAAGCUAAAGAGCAGAAGACAUAAAGGGUGGGGAAGUAAGGCACGCCAACUUGAAGAGUAUCUUUUCUCUCCUUAGAUAUUUAUAGUUAAUAUAAACUUGAAAUAAAGAACUGUGUUUUCCACAAUGAUAGAUAAAUUGUUUCACUAAAUAUGUAAAUUUUAUAAAAUUAAUUUGAAAAUCUGAUGUACCAGGAAACAAAACUAUUUAAUGUAUGUUUGUUUCAUAUUGUGUUAAUACAUUUUGUAUUAAUUCUUGCACCUG